GUAUUUCAAAUUAAUUAUUUGAAGAAAAAAAAAAACAAAGUAGUCUUUAAUAAUUUAAAAAAAAAAUUAAAAAGUAUUUGUGCAGUAACAAAGUAAAAAUAAAAAAAAAUUUCAUAUAACAAAAUAGAAAAAAUAAAAAAAUAAGAAAAAAAAAUAAAAGAGAAUAAAUGAGAAAAAGAGAAAAAUAAUGGCACCGCCACCAAAUUUACGAAAAUAUUUAUUUGUGGUACGUGCCACAUCUCGUCCAACUCAAAAAAAAUUUCCCCAUAGUAAAACUGCUCAAACUGACGAAGAAAAGCAACGCGAAAGGCAGCGUAGCGAAAACGAACAUAAAAAACUUGAACAAGAAGCCAUAAAUUAUAAGCGUGAUAAAGAAAGUCGUGAAGCACGACUCCUUGAUUUAGAAAUACGAAGAGCAAAUGAAAAGGAUCGACGAUUAAAACAACAGCAACAACAAUAUCAAUUACAGCAACAACAGUUGGCACAAUCACAACAACAUUCAAUAGAUUCACAACAAGGUACUUCAACACAAUCUAAUCAGUAUCAUCAACAAAUAUUAGGGCAACCAUCACAACACUAUCAACAACAGCACCCACAAACACAUUUAACACAUCACCAGUUAACUCAAAGUGAAAAGAGUACUCCUACGUCUGGUGUUACAUACGUUAGUGAAAUAAAAUCACCGUACGCCGAUAGUAGUACAUACGAUAGGAGUAUACCACGUGCUUUUCGUAGUAGAUCAUCUGAAAAAGAAAAAGAAGCGCUUGAAUUAAGGCGACGUGAAAUAGCAGAGGCGGGCGGAAGUAAGGCUGUAAUAAGCACGACACCAUCACCGCAGACUGCAACAGGGCCACCUCCAUCUCGUUCGGUGGUGGCGGGCCCACCAGCAACAGCGGCAGCUGCCACAGCUGCUAUUAUACCAAUACUACCAUUAGGUGUCGCAACAUUACGCGAUGAUUCCACUGAAAGUGAUCAGUCCCUGACGUAUCCACCACCGGCUCACCCACAGCCGGAUGCAUAUCACCGAAUUAUGUAAGUACUUUUUUAUUUAUUAUAAAAUUUCAAUAAAUAAUAUUCUAUAAUUAAUUAAAUGAAUAAAUGAGCAGACAAAAUAUAAAAGAUAUUAAAAUAUUAGUAACAGUCAAAUUAUAUAAGUUAUCAUAUAAGUAUGCUUCUUGAUGAAGUACUUUGUAAGAAAGAAUGUACUCGCGAUCAAACAGGGUUGGCACCACUGUUGUGCUGUAUUGGUAAAGAAAACUCGAAAUCUUGUCGAUGAAUACUUAUCUGAAAUUUUAAUUGAUUUUAUUGAUGUGAAUCUACAAUUUUAGGUUGAUAAUGAAAUUGUUAAGUCCUUUUAAUUCUUGAAUACCAAAAUGACCUUCAAAUUUGUUAUGCAGCAGAAAACUAAAAGGAUUAAUAAAGAAAUUCGUGUUUUUUCCAUAUCUUUUAUAUAUUUUUAGUAAUUAUUAAUUUCACAGAAUUGUUACAUAAAUAUGAAUGAAUAUACAGAUGUGUGUGUGUGAUUUAAAAAUACAUGUGUGUCCAUAUUAUAUUUUUAAUGAAUUACGUAGCAAAAAUAAGCUAUCAGUGAAACCAUUUUAAUCGUUAUUAAGGUCAUUUGACCAUCCUUUUUUAAUUUCCAUGUUAAGUUUUCAUUUUUUGUCAUUAUGGUUUUCUCUUCCUUACACAAUCCAAUGUAUGCUGUGAUGAUGUUAUUUUUUCUCCGGCUUUUAAUAAUAUUUGUGUCCUUUCGAGCAUAUAGAAUAAAUUAGUUAGAAUAAAACUAAUUGAAAAAAGAGAAAUCAAAAUAUGAGGACGAAAAAUGUGCAAAGAAAUUAAAAUAACAAAAUUUUUAAAAGGAAAUAUGCUAAGAAAGAGGAGAAACUAAACCUUUUGAGUGUAUUUUGGUUUGAAAUUUCUUUUACUUUAUUUUUGGGGCGGUUUUUAAAUAAAAAAAAAAUCUUAAGAAUCAAAUCUUACACUUUGCUAAUUUGAUAAUUUAUUGAUUAUUAAACAGAAUUAAAUAUUCCAACAUGGUUGUUUCCAAUGUAGGAAAGUUUGUUGAUUUCAAGUUCAUUUAUAGCAUGAUUUCUCUUAAAAUGAACUUCUGAUUUUGAAAAUUAUUCGUGAUUAUCAUGACAGUCGCUAAACAAUUUAUGCAAUUUUAAAAAUACUGUGAAUUCAAUAUUAGAGCGUCAAAAAUUUCAAGGGAAAGUCUUAAUUUAUUUUUAAAGUCGAAUGAAGAUUCUAUUAUAGAGGCGGUCUAUAUAAAAUAUGUAAUAUUCUUUGCAUGAAUAAAAUAGUUGCAAUAUUUGUUUAAAGUGCUUCAAUUGCUGAAUGCGGACUAACUAAAACAUUAAUGCUCGAAUGAGUGUUACUUAUAGUUAUUUAAAAUAAUUUGGUGGGUUCAUUUAUAGGCGAGGUAGGAGUGGUAUAAUAUUUUACGAUUACAGUUCAUAUGGGCACAAUAACUACUUUGUUGUUUGGAACAACGAUUUUCUAUUUUGUUUUUUUUUUUACGAAAUAAUUAUUCUUUUGGUUGACUUCAUAUCACAACGAAUAAUAGUAAAUUUGUAAUAUUAAAUUGUUAA